AAUACCUAGGCCUUAACCUGUACACUAUUUAUCGAUCGAUAUUUCAAUUAUUUACUUGUAAAGCGUUGUAUGUGUUUAAGCUUUAAAUACAGUAUUUAUAGUUUCGUUAUAGCAUUGAGAAUUUAACUACUAAAAUGGAAGUAUCUGGACGAAAAGGACGUGUUGUUUGUGAACCGUGUGCAGAAGAUGGAGACGACAUUACUGCUGACGGAUGUUGUAAAGAAUGUGAAGAGAAUAUGUGCAGUAAAUGUUUUCAACAUCACCGGAAGGGCAAACAUUGCAGAAACCACGUGUUUCUCUAUGCAUAUAGUGGUUCACCAUCUGCUUUAAAAAUAAAGCCAGUAGGAUUGAUAGACAAAUGUCCAAAGCAUGUUGAAGAGAAAAUAAACUUCUACUGUGAAGCUCACGAAAUAGUUGGUUGCGGAGAAUGCAUAAUACACGAGCAUAAAACAUGUGAAGUUUUGUAUAUAUCAGAUGUGACAAGGGGACAGAACGAAAAUGAGUAUAUAGAAGAGGUUGUUAAAGAAAUAGAAAAUUGCAGCAACGAAAUUAAAGAAUACGAGAAAGAAAUACAUAGAAAUAUUGACAAAAUGAAAGCUACACAUGUAAAAUUCACUUGUGAUGCUGAGCGAUUUAAGCAAGAGAUACUGGAAAAAAUAGACAAACUCAUAUUUGAUGCAUGCAAACAGGCCAGUUUUAUAAAAACUGAUACCUUGAGUGCAUUAGGGAAGCUAAAGGUAGAAGUAUCUAAUAUAACAGAUGAGUUAUCAUCAAUGAAAACUAAGGCCGACAUAGAGAAAAAUGAACCAACCGGUAACUUUGUCACGGCCUUAUGUUUAAGAAAGAGAUUAAAGGAAAUAGAAGAAGACUUAAUAGAAAUUGGCAAAAGGACUAUUGGGACAAAAUAUAGGUUUCUGAAAAAUGAAAACAUUGAACAAGAAGUUGAAAAAUGCAAGGGACGUGACUUAUUUCAAAGAGGUCUAGAUGAUGAACUGGACAAAUAUGGUAUCAGGAACCCAAGAACGGUUAUCCUAGAGAAAGCUUCUGGAGUACUUGGUUUUAGAAUACAAGGAGGUGAUGAAUAUCAACCGCUUUUUGUAGGUAAAAUUUUACCUGGUACACCAGCUGCAAAUUCUAACAAGAUACUGCAUGGAGAUAAGAUCAUUUCGAUAAACAACGAAGAUGUAACUAAGGCAUCUCACCACGAAGCAGUUGCCUUAAUAAAAGAAUCUGAGAAAGCAAUCCUAGUUCUUUGCCGCCCAGAAGAUUUUAACGCAAAAAAGUAGCUAUGAACUAUCGAAAGUUUUAGAAUUAUGAUCAGCAUGAACUGUUUCAGUGACAGAUUAGAGGCAAGAUGUACGAAAUCAAAAAAGAUACAUCAGAGCAAGACUUAGAUUAAAGACUUAUAUGAUGAAUGUGUUUUAAAUCUGAAAGGGAGCAUUGUGUAGAAUAGAAAAUGGAAAGGUCCCUGAAGUUUGCCUAAUGAUAUUUCCAACUAAAUGUAUUAUUCUUAUCGAUCAAUUUGCGAAAAACAUA